AUGUGGGUUGACCAGGGGAGCGCGCUGGGGAUGGGGAUCGGGGGCGCGCCUGCGGAGCGAGCUAGCGGGCGAGCGCGCUGGGGAUCGGGGGGGCGCGCACGGGAGCGACGCAGGGAGCGCGAUGAGGUCUCGCUGGGUUCAGAUUCCUUGACUCCGAGGCCCUCAGUCCGCGGAGAGGAGCAGAAGGAUGCGGUGGAUAUCUUCUACCAGAAGGUGACCGGGUUACCUACAGGCCAGGCUCCUGUGGUCAUGCAUCACCAGGGCCUACAUUACGUCCACCUGCGACAGAACACCCUCUACUUGGUGGUGACCACCCGUGACAACCCCUCACCAUUCACACUCAUCCACUUCCUCAGCAGGUUGGCCGGCCUGAUCAAGGACCACUGCGGCAGUCUGAGUGAGAAGACCCUGCGGAUGAACUUUGCCCUGGUGUACGAGCUGCUAGACGAGAUGUUGGACUUUGGCUACAUUCAGAGCACCUCGACUGACGUGCUAAAGAACUUUAUCCAGACCCAGCCUGUCAUCUCCAAACCCUUCAGUCUCUUUGAGCUGAGUAACAUCGGCCUGUUUGGAGCGGACACACAGCAGAGCAAGGUGGCCCCUGGACACGCUGCCAGCAGACCCGUCGUGGGAGGCAAUUGUACACAGCCCAGGGUUUCAAAAACAGAGAUCUUCGUCGACGUGAUAGAGCGGCUGACAGUGGUGAUCGCAGCCAACGGUGGGCUGCUGAAGGCUGACGUUCAAGGUCUGGUGCGGCUCAAGUGCUUCCUGCCCGGCACUACUGAAAUCCGCAUUGGUCUGAAUGAGGAGUUCAGUGUGGGCAAAGCGGAGAUACGAGGCUACGGGACGGCGGUGCGAGUGGACGAGUGCAGCUUCCACCAGUCGGUGAAGCUGGAGGAGUUUGAGAGCAGCCGCAUCCUGAGAGUGGUUCCGCCACAGGGAGAGAUGACGCUGAUGCAGUACCAGCUAUCGGACGAUCUUCCUGCCGCCCUGCCAUUCAGACUCUUCCCCACCGUCGACAAGGACCCAGACGGCAGGCGCCUGACUGUGAACCUCAAGCUACGCUGUGACCUGCCCCCCAGGAGCCAGGGUGUCAACAUCAGCGUUCAUCUCCCGGUGCCCAAGGGCACUGCCAGCCUGUGGCAGGAGUUGAGCAGCCCGGAGCAGCGUGCCGAGCUGGUUGCUGACACCCGGUCAGUGCGUUGGCACAUCCCCAUCUUCCCUGGAGGCUCACAGUUGACCGCCCGCUUCAAGCUGGAGGUGGCGGAUCUGAGUGCUGCGUCACUGUUGGAGCUGGGCCCAGCCUGCAUGCAGUUCGAGCUGCCCAUGACCACCUGCUCGGGGCUGCAGGUGCGGUUCCUGCGCCUCUCCUCUGCGCAUCCUGCACCCCUACAGCCACCGCACCGCUGGGUGCGAUACGUCACGCACAGCGACUCCUACCUCAUCCGCAUCUGAUCCCACCGGACAGCCGGGACGCUGCGCUGGCCCUGGGAGCGUCCGAGACCUGGUGCCCGCCACAGUGAGACCACGACAAAUAUCUAAAAUCAUCAGAGGAAUUGAUCGGGGAGAUGCACAGAAUCUCUUGCCCAGAGCAGGGGAAUCGAGGGCCAGGUGACACAGGUUCAAGGUGAAGGGGAAAAGAUUUAAUAAGAAUCUGAGGGAUAACUUUUUCACACGAAGUGUGGUGGGUGUAUGGAACAAGCUGCCGGCCAGAGGGCGACUCUAUGAUAACACACAGCGGGUAGAACCGCUGCCUCCAUUUGCCGCCAGCCUGCCUCGCACCGCCAACAAGCUCGGACACAAAGUGCUGGAGUAUUGUGUAGGAAAGAACUGCAGAUGCUGGUCCAUACCAAAGAUAGACACAAAACGCUGGAGUAACUCAAGACAGGAAGCAUCUCUGGAAAGAAGGAACGGGCGACGUAUCAGGUUGAGACCCUUCUUCAGACUGAGAGUCAGGGGAAGGGGCGACACAGAGAUAAGGAAGGGUAGGGUGUGAAAACGAGACAUCAAAAGAGAUGGAGCUCAAGGAAAAUGUAGAUUGUUAUUGUUAUCUAGGGGAAGAACAAAGCCAACAUAAAAAUUCAAUCGGGGGGAGUGUCAGGCUGGUCGGAGAACUGGGGGAGGGGUGGAGAGAGGAAACGCAAGGGUUACUUGGUGAAGUCAAUGUUCAUAGCGAGGAACAUUAACUACUAACUUCAAGUAACUUGCUUUCCCCCUCUCUCCAUCCCUCCCCGUUCCCAGAUCUCCAACCAGUCUGACUGUUUCCCUGAUUAGUUUAUCUCGGUUUUGUUCUCACAUUCCCCGAGCUAACAAAUCUAUAUUCUCCUUGAGCUGCUUCUCUUUUCAUGUCUCGUUUACUGAAGUCAAUUAACCUGUACGUCUUUGGAGCGUGGGGUGAAAACUGAGCACCCGGAGAAAAUCCACGCAGGUCACGGGGAGCAGGUACAAACUGCGUACAGACAGCACCCGUGGUCAGGAUGGAGCCUGGGUCUGUGGCGCUGUGACCCGGGCAGCAACUCUACCGCUGCUCCACCGUGCGGCUCUGUCGGAACAAGCUGCCCGAGUCGCUCAGUCAGAGAUAGAUGACCCUUUCUACAGCCACAUAGAGCCGCCCUGGUGAGAUCUUGAAACAGAGGAUUCCAUCAACAUUGUUCUCAGAACCAAUGUACAAUUAAUGUAAAUAAAAGUCUUUAAGUUAAAAACA